GUCUUGGCCAGACAUUUUCCCUUUGUCGUCAAGAGCAACCUCGAGCAUGAUGAUGUCCUUGCGCCGCCUUGCCGUCGCCUCGUCCCGCCGGAUGAACGUGCGCUCGCUCACGGCCGCGCCGACGCCGUCCGUGGCGUCGAUCUUGGAGCCCGAGAUGAAGCUGCCGCGCCAGUUCAUUGCCGACUUCCCCGAGGAGCACGAGGGCAACAACUUUGAGGUGAACUGGAGCUUGGCUGACGAUGACGUUACGCCCCGCCACAACUGCUACCGCAACCGCGCCCUCGCCAACCUUGCGUCGGUCUCGGGCACGUUCCCGCUUCCGAUUGAGUCGUCGGUCGCGCUCGAGGAGGCGCACCCUGUGGCCUUCUUGGGCCUCUGGAACGACGUGACGGAAGAGCUUGGCCAUGUCUCGGACUUGUACGUCCACGACGGCGCCGUCGGCGCCUUGGCUGCUGUCCGCACGCAGAUCCGCGUCAUCUCGGACUCGCCUGCGCUUGCCCACGCGCUGGCCAACUUGAUCGUCGCGGUGCCCACUGCCAAGGAUCCCCAGACGCCCCGCCCGAUCCUCGUUGUUGUCCAGACCAACACGAAGGAGUCGAUGUUCGCGUACAACAUUGAUGUCAACGAGGAUGGCUUUGAGCAGGCCAAGAUUGUCGUCCGUGGCAACGCGGUUGGCUUGGGUCAGAUCCAGGACGCGAUCCUCAAGGUCAAGGCGCAGCUCGACGCCGAGAUCCCGUCGAACAUUGCCUUGCCGUGCGACGUGCUCACGUCGGCCGACCGCGCGUCGUCGACGCUCGUCUUUAACGCGACGGCCGCCUGGCGCAGCGCGCAGAAGGACUUGCACGCUGCCCACGGCGCCAUUUGGCACCCGGAGGUCGGUGUCACGGGCGCGUUCGAGGGCGCAGUCGUGGCUGCGGCGGCCGUCAAGCCUUCGAAGGCGACGGCGCUUAAGCGCCACAAGACGUUCCCGAUGGCUCUCACCAAGGACCUCAGCGUCGUGCGCCUGCCGGCGGCGACGGUGGUUGGUCACCCGACGACGGCCAUCGUCUUGGCCAAGCAGGACAAGGAAGUGUCGGUGGCCGAAUUCGUGCAGCUCGUCAACGGCUCGGAGGCCUUGGCUGCGGCCCUCGAGGCGCACAAGACCAAGUGCGUCACCAAGAAGGCGUAAGCACACAACUCAAAUCACAUUCAUAUGGGGAAGCGACCGAUGUAAUACACCGCAAUGCCACUUGUCGUAGCUGCGUGUGCGCACAG